AUGUCUGACAACUUUAACGACAUCCAGGCCCACCUCGAUGGGCCUUCAUAUAACUCAAUGUCAGUUCCAAGAUCAUCUGGCGGCCCUUCUUCCUCUUCCACUGACCGUAACAAUUCUUUCUCAAACCGUUCAGGAUUCCGUAUCCCCAUUUCUUCUCCAAAUAAUGCUUCAGCCUCCGGAACUGGUACUUUCCCAAGGCAUGGUAUCCCUAUCGGUCAUUCAACUGCUACAAAUAUAAAUAACCCAGCAAUCAACUCUUUCGGUCACUUUGCAUCAUCUUAUACUCGCGCCCAAUCUUUCCUUACAAUCGAACCUCUCACAGAUGCUACAAGAGCUCGUUCUUACUUUGUAGAUGAAGAAGAAGCUGCAGGACAACCCUCUCACUUGACUGACCAAAGUGCUUCUUUUGUUUCAACAACUGCUCCUUCCUUUUUUACCGCACCAGGAUCCCGUAGACAAUCCUUUUCUGCUCGUUUCAUUGAUGCAGAUGCUGCAUCCUUUAUCAACAACAAUUAUAAUAAUAAUAAUAAUAACACCGCCAUUGAAGACGAAGAUGUCAUUUCAGAAUACUCGGGCUUACUCCCACAAAAACCUUCAGCUUAUUUGGCUUCUAGAAGAGCAUCCUACGUAGUCCCCCCACAACAUGGAACUGUCCUCCUUCAAGAAGGUGAAGCAGUCGCCCCAGGAACUGAAUCAGAACCAGUCAUUGUCCGCACUUUUGAAGACAAAAAUGGUAACGUUUCUACAGAAGUCGCCGGCCAAUCUACCGUCCCUCAAACAAUCUUCAACUCUAUAAACGUCCUCAUUGGAGUAGGCCUUUUAUCCCUCCCACUCGGCUUCAAAUACUCAGGCUGGCUUGUCGGAUCAAUCCUACUUACUUUUGCCGCUUCAACAACUUAUUACACUGCUUAUCUCCUCGCAAAAUGUAUGGACACUGACCCUACCCUAGUCACAUAUGCAGAUAUUGCCUAUGCAGCUUAUGGGCCUCGUGCUCGUCUUCUCACUUCCCUGCUCUUUACCCUCGAGCUUAUGGGAAUGGGUGUCUCUCUUGUCAUUUUAUUUGCAGAUUCCCUCAAUGCCCUUUUCCCCCAAAUCUCAAAAGAUACUUAUAAAUAUAUCGCCUUUGUUGUUUUGACCCCACCAUGUUUCCUCCCCCUUCGCAUUCUCUCAGUCUCUUCCAUCAUGGGAAUCUUCUCUACCCUCGGCCUUAUUGUUCUUGUCUUUUUCGAUGGUAUCUAUAAAACUCAAGCCCCAGGCUCUCUCUGGCAACCAGAACCAACACAUAUUCUCCCAACUAACUGGAUGGCUGUCCCCCUUGCCAUUGGCAUUUUCAUGGCUCCCUGGGGUGGUCACGCCGUCUUCCCUAACAUUUACCGUGACAUGCGGCACCCACAAAAAUACGAAGGAGCUCUUCUUACCAUUUAUAAAAUCGUCUUCCCCAUCGAUACCAUCAUGGGAAUCCUUGGCUAUGUCAUGUUUGGCUCCAAGGUUGAAAACGAAGUUACCAAAUCUAUUCUCUUGACUAAAGGUUAUGCUCCACACCAAGACUUGGUCAUCACUUCACUGGUCUCCCUCAUCCCACUCGCUAAAACCCCGCUCAAUGCAAGACCCAUUGUUUCAACAAUCGACAUUCUCACAGGACUUGACAAGUACCCUCUCGGGUUUGACGGUGUUGCCGGUAUGCGUGAUACACUUAUGCGUGUAGCCAAAAUCUCUGUCCGUUUGCUUGUUGUUUUAAGCUUUGUUUGGAUGGCCAUUGUGUUCCCAGACUUUGACCGCAUCAUUGCCUUUUUCGGAGCAACCCUCUGCAUCACCAUUUGUAUUAAUGGACCUGUAGCCUUUUAUCUUAAAAUUUAUGGCGAUAAGGUCCCCAAAUGGGAGCGUUACUUUAAUUAUUUCUUGCUUGUUGUUUAUGCUAUUCUUGCAAUCUUUGGAACUAUCUGGUGCUUCAUUCCUCCAGAGAGAUUCCAAUAA